UUGGGGAGAACUAUGUAAAUUCAGACAUUAGGGGAAAAACUAGCUGCCUCUUCUUAUUGCUCCUACAGGUUGACAAAUCAGCUAGAGAACAGCUGCUCUACAACAUCAAACAUUUAUCAACUCACCCAUGUUAGCUUGAAGAUACACAGAGGUGUGAGAGAGGAAAACAUGUCUGUGAGGUCUAAUUUGCCUUAUUGUUAAAUGGAAUGACAGAGUUUUUGACAGUUGCUGUGUGGAUUAUAAGCGACUGAUCGGAGCUGACCAGAUACUGGAGAUGGCUGGCAAGAAGACAUUUCUUGCCUUCCUGAUGAUCAUUAUAACCUGUGUGUCAGGUCUUGAAAUCCCUAAGCCUGAAAAACUGACGCUGGAUAUUAUGGAUGGGGAGGUGAUAGCACUUUGGGAUGAUCCAGAGGGCCGGCCUUUAAACUCCAAAUACAAUGUAGAAAUGGCAAAGUACAACAGUGAAUGGGCCAAGGUGGAAGGCUGCACAGGGAUUAUGAGGAACUACUGUGACCUGAGUAGCCUUAUACAUGACUACAGUGCUGCCUACAAAGUCAGAGUCCAGCUGGUCACAGCAGAUGGUGUCUCCAAGUGGACGGUUAAGCUAAAAUUUCUCCCAAACAAAAGUGAGUUGAGCCCUCCCUCCUUCACUUUGUGGGCUACUUCCAGCACUCUAAAGCUUUAUAUACAUCAGAAGCCCAUUCUGAAAAAACUCUUUCCUUACGGCGUCAUCUACACCAUCUACUUGGAGGAGAUAGGAGAGGAAAAUAAGACUACAACAGCCUACCUGAAAGAUGAUGCUGAGGAUGAAGAGAGGAGUACAGCUUUUACUUCGCUUCACUGGGGACGGGAGUACUGUGUCAGCAUCAAGGUCGAGGGCAGCGGUGCUCUCUCCACCAGCACCAUGUCAACGAAACAGUGUCUGCAGCUACCAGAGCAAGAAUGGUUCAUAAUUGCUGUAUCAUCCCUAUCUACAAUGGGUGUCCUGGCUGUUGUGGCCAUUAUGGCUGCCUUCCUCCUUUGUUACCUGAAACGGCCUGAGAAAACACCUGCUGCAUUGAAAUCCCCUGUCAGUGGGUGGCUUCCACUCUCAGUUGGAGACGGAGCAAUGGAGGUUGUUACAGACAAAGGUUGGUUCCUAUCCAAAUACAGAAGUGAAAUAGAAAACACUCUCGAAGGCCCAGAGACACAUGUGACCAUAGCAGAGGACAAUGGAGAGGAGGACAGAAGGACAAGCAUGGACAGUGGGGUCAGCAUAGAGUCCAAUUCUGCAAGAAGCAGCAAGGGAAGUCCUCCAUCAAGACAAGAGGACAGUGGCUGUGGGAGCUUAGCAGGAUCAGAGAGCUCCACGAGUAGUCACACAGAAUUCCCCCUGAAGGAUGAAAGGACUGAUACAGACACUGGGAGAAAGAGGGAGGAUAGUGGUGUCAGUCUAGGCUGCCGGCUUGGGUCUACUUGCUUGAAUCUGGAUGGACAGGACAAUGAGUGUCUGAAGGAGGUGGUAUCUGGAGGUGAUUACAGAAGCCAGAGCCCUUCUAGUGUUCAGAUUCAAGUCUGUAAUGUCAAGGAAGACUUUAAACUUCCUGACUUGGCUGAAGUGAUCACAGGCUACAGGGCGGUGCCUCAAUCCUGUAUCUGCUCAGGAGCAGGUCAGUGCACCUGGUGCCAUCAACAAGGACUUUAUGGAGCUGAAGUUAUCAAGCAAUACAGAGCUCUGUGUAUUGAAAACGGACUACUGAGUAGCAAAAGUGCCCUUGUGGACUCUUACAACAAAGGGAUAACAUUUUCCAGUUAUUCCCCAAAAACACAAAUGGACACAGUCAUGAUAAAUGACUUAGAACCCACUUUUAUACAACUAAAUGAGACUUUCCCUCUGCUGACAGCGUUGACACCACUGCCCCUUGUGGAGGGAGGACAAGAUUUUAACACGAACAAUGUGUCACUCUCUCUCUGUGAUGUACAACUAAUAACUGACUAACACACUGAGGAAUGAAGCAGUGCUAUUUAUAAAUGUCUAAGUGCUAUGUCCAUCGAAGCAAUACACACCUACUUUUCCAACAUGACACACUCCAUGUGUAAAAUGAAAUAAAAGCUUUAUUAGAGGAGUACAAGUUAUCAAUUGUAGAAAAUGUUAAGGUAAAUGAGGGGAAACUGUUAGCAGAGAGAGGCUGUUGUUGAGCAAAGGAAGGAAACAGAGGUUAGAUCGCACAGCUGCUGAGCAACAGAUGUUGGUUAGCUGAAGUCUCAAGAGCUUUCAGAGAUGAUGAAUAUAACCUCAAAGAUCUUAUUCAACCUUGUCUCAUUGGGCGUAUUUACAUCUCACUUAAAUGCUGUUUGCCGGAAGUGAAACUUGUGUGGGGGGCAACAGAGAGAAACGGUUUGACGGUUAUGAGCUUCUGGACAUUUUGCCUCUUCAAAAAUGAUACACCAAGUCAGAAAUCCCUCUGAAGUUUCUUGACUAAAAUUUAGGAAACUUUCUGGCUGUUGCCACUGUUUAAAUAUCAGAACAGAAAAUAAAACUGUUAAGAGAAAUACACUGUAUUCCUAUCUAUCAAUAUACAAUUAGUUACACAGAAUUUAUGAAAAGUGGUGUCAAACAAAUCAGUGUCAAGAAGUGAUUCAAAGUGGUGUUAAGAAUUAGAAACAUUUCCAAAUUUCAUUAACAUCCAGGACAUUUACAGAUCCUUAAAACACUCAUUUAUUUGUCAGAUAUUAACCCUUUUAUCAGCUACUUGCCUGUACAGAUUAUUUAUUGCAUGUUUUGUGAGUAAAAGUCAUCUAUUUAUUAUGUACUGUUGUAAAUGUAUGUGUGUUUGCUCUUCUAAAUGUGAUUAAAAGAAACUGUGUCACUGGAAUGUUCUGUGAAUUUUUA